AUGGCAGAUCCUCAACCUCCUCCCUCCGCCGGGAGUAAGGACUCGCACUCCCCCGGUCCUGCACGGCGUCCUCGCGCCCCGACAAUCACAAUCGACACCUCUGCCGUGCGAAGAUCAUUAAGCAAUCGCUCACGAGAUCCUGAGCAUGAGAUGGACAAUCUAUCGGAUGAUGGCAGAUCAUCCCAUGGCGACAAAUCCCCCAUGCUGAAACCCACCACACCCACCGAACUACGAGUACGAAACAGCUUCGACAGCCGCGACUCGCGACCCACGAGCCCGCACAACAUCUCCUCGCCCACGCAAUGGAACAACCCACACAACUUCCUUGCCGUCCCGACUCCGCGGAGUAGAGGGGCGAGUAUCGAUACCGACGCCAGCGCAGAUACAACUUCCGCCUCCGAUGUGACGUACGUCAACACACAACCGAGCGAGAGUCCGAUCAAGUCAUAUCCAUCGCAAGCGUUUGGACAAGAGCGUGGCGAACAGGUCGUCCUCCCCGCCUCCGAGGCUUUGCAUCCCGACCAAGGCACCGAGGCCGACUUCCAGCGGGAGAACAACCCCUUUGCUUUCACUCCGGGACAGCUGGGCAAGCUGUACAAUCCAAAGAGCUUGGGCGCAUUCCACGCACUCGGUGGUCUGGCUGGGUUGGAGAAAGGGCUGAGAACCGAUCGUAGCACUGGACUGAGCAUGGAUGAGUCGAAAGUGGAAGGGAGAGUUACAUUCGAGGACGCCACGACCGUGAGCAGUCCGGCUUCGGCCAACACAGCCGUCGAAGAGCCGGAGAUUGUCAACACGCAGACUUCGACCGCCGCGGGAUCGGGCAAUUUUGCGGACCGCAAAAGGAUCUUUGGCGACAAUACUCUACCCCAACGAAAGCCGAAAAGCUUUCUUCAGCUGAUUUGGCUGGCAUACAAUGACAAGGUCCUGAUUGUCCUCACGGUUGCAGCGGUGAUCGCGCUAUCAUUGGGAAUAUACCAAGCGCUGGUACCUCCAUAUGGAGUGGAAUGGAUCGAAGGAGUGGCCAUCAUCGUGGCCAUUAUCGUCGUGGUCUUUGUUGGUGCCGUGAACGACUGGCAGAAGGAGAGGCAAUUUGCGAAGCUCAACGCCAAGAAGGACAGCCGAGAUGUCAAAGUCGUUCGGUCUGGCAAGAUCCAGGAGAUCAAUAUUGUGGACGUGCUGGUUGGAGACGUUCUGAUGGUUGAGCCUGGCGACAUCCUCCCCGUCGAUGGAAUCUUCAUCACCGGACACGAUGUCCGAUGCGACGAAUCCUCGGCCACUGGCGAGUCCGAUGUCCUCAGGAAGGUUCCUGCCGAUACGGUUUACCAGGCUGUGGAAUCCAACGAAUCGCUCAAGAAGAUGGAUCCUUUCAUGAUCUCUGGCGGCAAAGUGACCGAAGGCUUCGGGCGGAUGAUUGUCACCGCGACUGGUAUACAAUCAUCACACGGCAAGACCAUGCUCUCACUCCAGGACGACAACGAAGCAACACCCCUGCAGCACAAGUUGAAUGGGUUGGCGGAGUACAUUGCCAAGAUCGGCAGUGCCGCCGCUCUUCUCCUCUUCAUCGUGCUGUUCAUUAAGUUCGCGGCUCAGCUUCCUCAUAAUCAUAGGACGCCAACGGAAAAGGGACAGGAGUUCUUGACAAUCCUCAUCACCGCCGUCACCAUCGUGGUGGUCGCCGUACCAGAAGGUCUACCCCUGGCUGUUACACUCGCUCUCGCCUAUGCAACGAAGCGAAUGUUGAAAGACAGGAACCUGGUCCGUGUGCUCCGGUCUUGCGAGACAAUGGGCAACGCAACUACCGUGUGUUCGGACAAGACCGGCACGCUGACGCAAAACGUCAUGACCGUGGUUGCUGGCGCGAUAGGGACGUCUAAUCGAUUCUCGAGCACAGCCAAAUCCAAUGCUGGGGAUAUGGGGACGCCUGCUGAUCAUCUUGAUGAUGUUCCCGCCCCGGAAUUCGUCAAGACUCUCGCCCAAGACGUAAAAGACUUGUGGAGGGAGAGCAUCGCCAUCAACUCCACCGCAUUCGAAUCAGAACCAGGAGCUGCACAGCGCUUUGUGGGCUCCAAGACGGAGACGGCUCUGCUGGACUUCGCCCGCGACUACCUCGCCAUGGAACACGUCACCGUCGAGCGUGACACCGCCGAGAUUGCCCAAAUGAUUCCGUUCGACUCGAGCCGGAAGUGCAUGGGCAUGGUGUACAAGCGCAAGGAUGGCAAAGGCUACCGUUUGGUUGUCAAGGGUGCAAGUGAGAUUAUGCUCAAAUACUGCACCCAACUCCUGCGCGAUCCUACCACGGGCACGGAGACUUGUGCAUUUACGGGCGACAUCCGCAAGACGAUUGCGGCGCUCAUUGACGCCUACGCCAAUCGAUCGCUCCGCACGAUUGGCUUCAUCUAUCGCGACUUCGACACCGCAUCCUGGCCACCUAAGGGCGUCAAGCGGCUUGAAGAUGAUCAGAGCCAAGCUGCCUUCUCGGAUCUCUGCACCAACACCACGUUCCUCGGGCUCGUCGGUAUUCAAGAUCCGCUGCGACCUGGUGUGCCAGAGGCUGUGCAAGACAUGCUGAAAGCCGGCGUUUUCCCGCGAAUGGUGACGGGCGACAACAUCCUCACUGCAAAGGCCAUCGCUACGGAGUGCGGGAUCUUCACCGCUGGGGGUAUCGCCCUCGAAGGCCCGGAGUUCCGCAAGAUGAGCGAUGCAGAGCAGAGGAGUAUCAUUCCCAAGCUGCAAGUGCUUGCUCGUUCCUCACCCGAUGACAAAAGGAAGCUGGUGAAGCGACUCAAGGAGAUGGGCGAGACUGUUGCCGUGACUGGUGAUGGUACCAACGACGCUCCUGCGCUCAAGGCUGCCGACGUGGGCUUUUCCAUGAACAUCGCCGGCACGGAAGUCGCCAAAGAAGCGUCCGACAUCAUCCUCAUGGACGACAACUUCACUUCCAUUGUGCUGGCGUUGAUGUGGGGUCGUGCGGUGAACGAUGCUGUGAGGAAGUUCCUUCAGUUCCAGAUCACCGUCAACAUCACUGCAGUCACUUUGGCUUUCAUCUCCGCCGUCAGCAAUGAAAACGAGGAAUCGGUACUGAGCGCUGUUCAGCUUCUGUGGGUCAAUCUGAUCAUGGACACCAUGGCCGCCCUGGCGCUCGCCACCGACCCCCCGACUCGCACCAUCCUCAACCGAAAGCCCGAUCCCAAGUCCGCACCUCUAAUCUCCACUACCAUGUGGAAGAUGAUCAUCGGGCAAGCCGUUUACCAGUUGGCCGUCACCUUCACCCUCUACUUCGCCGGCGCCAGCAUUUUGAACAAGACCGGCGAGCAUGGAAACAGGGAGCUGAGAACGCUGGUGUUCAACACGUUCGUGUGGAUGCAGAUCUUCAACGCCAUCAACAACCGCCGGCUCGACAAUCGGUUUAACAUCUUCGAAGGUAUCCUGCGCAACUGGUUCUUCAUCGGCAUCUUCUGCAUCAUGGUCGGCGCCCAGAUCAUCAUCAUCUUCUUCGGAGGAUGGGCGGCCUUCCAAGCCUACCACCAAACGCCAAGCGAUUGGGGCAUCGCAAUCGUGCUCGGUAUCAUCUCCAUACCCAUCGGAGUUGUUGUCCGCCUGGUACCCGACGAGCUCGCGGCCAAAGUCGUCCCGCAAUUCAUCAAGACGCGCCUGGCACGCAAGCGCGAAAAGGUCCUCCUCAACGACGAAGAGAGCCCCUUCGAAAUGAACCAAGCCCUGCUCGACAUCCGCGACGAACUCGCGUGGAUCAAGAAGUAUAAGGGCGGUCGUCUCCGCGGCCUCAAGUUCGCCAUGCAGAAUCCAAAGGAAAUGUUCCACUCCCGCUCCCCAAGCCGCUCUCGCGCCUCUUCCAGCCUCCCGCGCACCCCUAACAACGAGCUCGCCGACGACGACGGCAAAUCGGACGCCGGUGCACAACUGACGCCCGAGUCCGCCAAGCCUAGACGCUCCCGCGGCCGCUCGCGCUCCAACUCCGCGCUCGCCGGAGCCGCAAUGGCAGGCAUCGUCGCCGGCUCCAUCGCGGCCGGUUGGUCGCCCAUCGAGCGCCGCGAAGGCGAAGACGACAGUGUACGCUUCACACGCCCCCAGCGCUCCAAGAGCGAUUUGUCGCGCGAAGUGCGCAUCGACGCCCACCCGGACACCUCGCCUCAUGAUCCCGUUGUCGUGGCUGGUGAUCCUGUUGAAGCUGCGGGCGGGCAGCCGCCUUCGCAGGCGAACGCUACUACGCCGCAGCUGGGCGUUGGGCCUUUUGGUGGGGCGCCGGCGAUGGAUACCGCUGACAAGAAGGAGGAGGGGAAGGCGUAG